CCACUCCAAGCACGAAACCGACUUCAAGCAUCGUCGCCGCUUCACCUCUACCAACAAUCCCAAACGAAGUAAGCACGACGCCAGCCAGCACGACUACCUCCCUCCUGUCCACCAGAACCAGCCACUUUUCGUCCCUCGCGUGCCCACCGGCUGCGAAUCCGCGAUGCAUCUUGCACCGCCGAACCCUGCUUCCCACAAUCAAGCAAGCCACGCUAACCCUGUGUCAGACCCUACCACCACGGAUUUGCCACAUAACAGAGCCCACAGAGCCAACAGCGGUUCAAAAGUGGCCUCGGUCAUGGCAGCAUCGGCACUACGGUGCAAGGCUUGCGGCAGCCACCGACACAGCACAAAGAACUGCCACGUCCCCGCCUCGGGCGGGGCUGUGGUCAUCUGCCCAUUCCACGACUGCUCCGCCCGCGACGGCCAGAAGCCCGCAGGCCAUACCCUGGACGGCCUCGCGCACUCUAACGCAAGGUACUGCCCACUGGUCACAAUCUACCGGGCCGCACACCGCAUGAACGACAGGGGCAGGCUCAGGUACAUGCUGCCGCAGAUGUUCGGCGAGCUCGUCCUGGGCCGCAAGCGGAAGCCCUGCUGCCGCGUCUUCAACGCCGAGCUGUGUCCCAUCCGCAUCGCCAUCGAGUUCUCGCGGGCCUUCUGCAACGGCCAGAUGCCCUCGGGGCUGCAGGGCGUGUGGCCCUACACCAAGCGGGACGUCAUGAGGCAUGCGAUACGGUCCAAGCUGGGCCAGUACGACACGCUUGGGUGGGAGGGCAUGCCGCCCGGCGAGCUCGAGGGGAAGUCGUGGGAGCAGAUCAAGCGCGAGUACGCCCUGGGCCUGAUCCCUCCUCAGAUCCAAUAUGUCUCGAAGGUCCGGGCACAGCGCAUUCUGGCUUUUGCGGCCCGGUCAGCCGCCGCCGAGCAGACCACCAAAAAGUUCGAGCCCCGUAGUGCGGACACAGGGCUUGAGCUAUACCCAAGCGCAGAGCAGGGCGACCACGACUAUUCUCUUGAGAAGGGUAACAAGAUACGGCCCGGAAAAAGGAAGAAGGAGAAGGAGAAGAAGAAGAAAUAUGUCGGAAUGAAGGACUUUCGGCGAUUACGUGCCAAGGUCGAACGCGUGGCAAAGACGAAGAAGAUGAAGAAGAAGCAACAUGUCAGAAUGAAGGACUUCUGGAAAUUACGUGCCAAGGUCGAAGGCGUGGCAAAGACGAUGGGAGAGAUGCAGCAGCUACCUGCGAGGGUGGACAAUCUCCUGGACACGCUCGAGGCUUGGGGGACGAGAGAGAUGGGGUAUCAACCCGCACCCAAGGCAGUCUCCCGCGCCGAUGGUACGAGAGAUGCGCCCAUCGACGUCGACAUGUACGGUUGA